AUGUCACAAGUCCACGCCUUGUCCGACGACCAGGUCGGGCAGGAGCUGCGCAAGAUGACAGCCUUCAUCAAGCAAGAGGCGUACGAGAAGGCGCGCGAGAUCGAGAUCAAAGCGAACGAGGAGUUCAGCAUCGAGAAGUCAAAGCUAGUACGACAAGAAACGGACGCCAUCGACGCCGCGUACGCCAAGAAGUUCAAGCAGGCCACCAUGUCGCAGCAGAUCACGCGGUCGACCGUCGCCAACAAGUCGCGGCUGAAGGUCCUGGGCGCGCGCCAGGCCCUGUUGGACGACAUCUUCGAGGCUGCCGCCAAGCGUUUGGGAGAUGGCGCCAAGGACAAGAAGAAGUACAAGGCCGUGCUUAAGAAUCUGGUGCUCGAGGGCAUGUACGCACUCAGCGAGAAAGAGGUCGCCGUCCGUGCCCAAAAGGCCGAUUAUGAUGUUCUCAAGGACGCCAUCUCCGACGCUGAGGCCGAGUAUAAGAAGGAGGUCGGCAAGGAGUCCAAGGCCAAGAUUGACGAGGAGAACCCGUUGCCCGAGGGAAGCGCGGGAGGAGUCAUGAUCCUGGGCUUCAACGGCAAGAUCGAAAUCAACAACACCUUUGAACAGAGACUGGAGCUCCUGCAGACCAGCGCCCUGCCCGCCAUGCGCAAGACCCUGUUUGGAGCGAAUCCCAACCGCAAGUUCUUCGACUGA